GAAAAUUGGAGGUCAAGGGAGUGAUUUCAGGGGGUCUAGGGGCUCAGGAAAUGGAAAGUAGAUUAGGGCCAUAGUAAGAGGAAAGGAGCAAAGGAUCAGAAGAAUAAUCAGAGGAAAAGUGGGUCUAUUGAGAUAAUUUGGAGGGUCAUCAUUGAAAUGAUUGGGUGGAUGAUGAUUAAAGGAAGGGGAAAAGCAUGAAUGCAAAAAUUCAGAGGGGUCAGAAAUAUGAAUGUAGGGUGGAGUUAGUAGGAGACAAUGAGACGAGAGGGAGCUGAGAAGGAAAAUAUGUAUGUAGACUGAGGAUAAGAGAACUUGGAGUGAGUGUCAUGCUGCAUCCUCUCUCACUCGGAGAGGUGGAUACCAGGAAGUCCUAGACUUUCCGGGGAUGCUAUCCUGUCUUCAGUCUUCUGUCCUGCAGGGCCUAGUGAGAGAAGAGAGUAACAGCACUCUACCCUCCCUCUGCCACUGUCCUCUGUCCAUCAUUUCCAUGCCCCGCCCCUCUCCGCCUGUCAUCCCCCUGCCCCUCCCUGUGCCACGGCAGAGGGAGGAGAGGAAGGAUCCGAGGUGACAGAGCUGGAGGGAGGAUUGCCAGGUAUCAACAUCUCCUGCCCUUGCUCCUGUCUAUCCCCGGGCACCAGGAAGACCCCAGAGACGAUGCCCAUCCAGAUCUUUUGUUCCAUAUCUUUCUCAUCUGGAGAGGAGACCUCAAGGGCCUUGGGAGAAAUUUGGGGUAGCCACCAGCGCCAGCCCCCAGACAACUCGGACUCAGAAGAGGAGGAAGAAGAGAACAGAAAGGCAGCAACUAGGAGCAAGGCUGGAGAAGGGGGCUCGCAUGUGGACUUAGUAGCUUUCGCCAAGAACUGUUCCCUGCACGGUGCCAGCCACGUCUUUGUGGAAGGGGGUCCAGGACCAAGGCAGGCCCUGUGGGCGGUGGCCUUUGUCCUGGCGCUGGGUGCUUUCCUGUGCCAGGUCGGGGACCGAAUUGCCUAUUACCUCAGCUACCCACAUGUGACUCUACUGGACGAGGUGGCCACCACGGAGCUGGCCUUCCCCGCGGUCACUCUCUGCAAUACCAAUGCUGUGAGGCUGUCCCAGCUCAGCUACCCUGACUUACUUUACCUGGCCCCCAUGCUGGGACUGGAUGAAAGUGAUGACCCCGGGGUUCCCCUCGCCCCCCCAGGGCCUGAGGCCUUCUCUGGGGAGCCCUUUAAUCUGCACCGCUUCUACAAUCGCUCCUGCCACCGGCUGGAGGACAUGCUGCUCUACUGCUCCUACCGCGGGGGGCCCUGUGGCCCUCACAACUUCUCGGUGGUCUUCACACGCUAUGGAAAGUGCUACACAUUCAACUCAGGUCGAGAUGGGAGGCCUCGGCUGAAGACCAUGAAGGGAGGAACGGGCAAUGGACUGGAGAUCAUGCUGGACAUCCAGCAGGACGAGUACCUGCCCGUCUGGGGGGAGACUGAUGAGACAUCCUUCGAAGCUGGCAUCAAGGUGCAGAUCCACAGCCAGGAUGAGCCUCCCUUCAUCGACCAGCUUGGCUUUGGUGUGGCUCCGGGGUUUCAGACCUUUGUGGCCUGCCAGGAGCAGCGGCUCAUCUACCUGCCCCCGCCCUGGGGCACCUGCAAAGCUGUUACCAUGGACUCGGAUUUCUUCGACUCCUACAGCAUCACCGCCUGCCGCAUUGACUGUGAGACUCGCUACCUGGUGGAGAACUGUAACUGCCGCAUGGUGCACAUGCCAGGGGAUGCCCCAUACUGCACUCCUGAGCAGUACAAAGAAUGUGCAGACCCUGCUCUAGACUUCCUGGUGGAGAAAGACCAGGAGUACUGCGUGUGUGAAAUGCCAUGCAACCUCACCCGCUAUGGCAAGGAGCUGUCCAUGGUCAAGAUUCCCAGCAAGGCCUCAGCCAAGUACCUGGCCAAGAAGUUCAACAAGUCUGAGCAGUACAUAGGGGAGAACAUCCUGGUGUUGGACAUUUUUUUUGAAGUCCUCAACUAUGAAACCAUUGAGCAGAAGAAGGCUUAUGAGAUUGCAGGGCUUCUGGGUGACAUUGGGGGCCAGAUGGGGCUGUUCAUCGGUGCCAGUAUUCUCACAGUGCUGGAGCUCUUCGACUAUGCCUACGAGGUGAUUAAACAUAAACUGUGCCGACGUGGAAAGUGCCAGAAGGACACCAAAAGGAGCAGUGCAGACAAGGGCGUGGCUCUCAGCUUGGAUGACGUCAAAAGACAUAACCCCUGCGAGAGCCUCCGGGGCCACCCAGCCGGGAUGACUUAUGCUGCCAACAUCCUACCUCACCAUCCCGCGCGAGGCACUUUCGAGGACUUUACCUGCUAGGCCCCACAGGCCACUGUACCAAAGGCCUAGAAGGAGGAGAGCUAGGAGAGCCAGGGGCCCCACAAGAGCCCUCAUUUCUGCCUUGGGGACUCACCCCCACUCCCAAGGCAGUCCCCCCACUCCUGGGCAGCUCUUUCCUCCUGUCUGUGGUGAGGAAGGGGGCUGAAUCCUCUCCCUGCCUCUGUCCCAUUCUUUUUUUUUUUUUUUUUUAACAAAACUAAACUAAUUUAAAGAAGCUGGAGUCAGACAGUGAAUUCCAGCGACCCCCUCUCGCUCCAUGCUACCCUCCAACCUUGAUUUCUCUCUGUCUGGCUCAUCUGUGUGUCCUAUCCACAUUCAGCUGCCACUAGUCACUAAAGCCACUCCUGAGGGGGAUGGGUGGGUGGAGGGCAUGCUUGGGGUCUGGAAUUUGACCCCAAACUAGAGAAUGUACCUUGAAGGGGAGGGCUAGUGGGGGGGCAGCUUCCCUAGCCUUAAGAGACCCUUUCAGCCUAGUGACCCCCAAGCCCCCAAGUCUUCAGGCAGGAACUAAGGUUCUAAGUUCUUUCCCCAGUGCUGAGAAGUCUCUAGAGAGGUGGAGUGGAGGAUCUCUUGAGGAACAGAUAGGGGCAAGAUGUGGCCCUGGUGCUGUAGGCCACAUCCUGACAUCCUACGUCAAUACCCCAGUUCAGCUGCUGGAGAGGAGCUCCCAAAGGCAGCCUCAACAUCCCACUGAAUAUCCAGCUGAUUGACUUCCGAUCAGGGAGGGGGUGCCUGUGCCUAACUGGGCUCUCUCCUGGGACCCCUGCACAGGGGCCAAGUCCAUAAAUUUUCUUAUGGAACUCUCCCCAGUUCCCUUCCCCACUUCAUCUGCUUCUCUCAACAACCUCAUCUGCAUUUUCUAUUUCUAUAUGAUACAGACUCUAUAUUGCUAUAUCUCUGUAUAUACUUUGCCCUGUCUGUCUUAACCCCAUCCCCUCUUGUCUCUGAAAACCAUGCUCCCACUUCAUCCCCUUUCUAUGUUUCUGUCCCUGUCACCCCCAACUCCCACCUUGGUCUCUGAAUGCCUUUGCCUGUAUAAAGAGUUGGACUCUCUCCCCUGGUGUCUGUACUGUGUACACACAUCCCUCUGAGAAGCACAAGGCGACGACACACGCAUUGUAACCUUCGCACUGUCUUGGUGGCGAUAUAAAGGAAGCUAUGAAUCACAAGCUCUGCCUCUUUGUGGCCUCACCUUUCUCCCUGCCCAGCACCCUCUGCCUGCCCGCCCUGUGGCCUUAACAUCCCUUCCUUGGCCCACCCAACCCCAAUGCUUUUUACCUGGCUGAUGGCCUUCCUAGGGAAGGGCUUGCUACAGCUAGAGCCCACAUCCACACCGUGGAGUUUGGCUCUGUGGGCUAAGUCCAGGGUUUCCAAGACAGUGCUAUCUGCCACUGGAGAAGCAGGUGCUGAAUGGCAGAAGUAGGGGAAAAGGGUGCCCUUCAGUGGUCUUGGUCUCCUGGGUGCCUAGCCCCUUUCCUUAUCUAAUUCUUAAGCCCACUACUUCUAUAUCCUGGUGAGGUAGGGUUUGAUAGGAAAGAGGAAGAGGCCUAGAAGAGAAGCUAAAAGUUCUACAGUUCUGUCCUUUUCUAUCUUAAUGAGGGACAAGUGAGGUGCCAGACCUGCUACACCACUUCCAUCAGGCAUGAGGGCCAAAGCCCUGCCCCUUCUAGGCCUUCUCUGCCCAUGUCUCUCAGUAUUCAACCCCUGUGUCAGGUCAUCAGUGGGUCUGGAACUGGAGAGUUCGGCUCUGGGAUUACUGGAAAAAUUUGACUCCAUAGUUGUCUCUUAGAGACCAGAUCUCUCCAGAAGGAAGCAAGAGCAAGGCCAAAGGGCGUACAGCAGAAGAACAGCAGGCAGGGCUAUGGGUGAUGCAUGCCUCUGGUCUAAUAAACUGGGUUUCAACCA